UAAAGCGUUCCGAUUAAGUGAAUCUCCUCCGAAGAAAAACAAAAUAAAAAACACUAAAGUUUAAAAAUAAUAUUGAAUAUGGCCACUAAUACCGAAAUACUACCCUUCCAUCAUCAAACUACUUUGUCACUUCAAACAGCCGCAGCUCUGACCAACUACCAUGGUGGCGGCGGUGGUGGAGGUAGUAGUAUACACACAGCCACACAGUUGGCAGCAGCAGCUUGGAGUAUGGAAGACCAUCUCUAUCAACAGACUGAAUUACCCGGCCUCACACGCAGUGCUCAUCAUCUGCUACGUUUUACCCCCUAUGCACUGCAUCAUCGCCCCCAGCUGCAAACACUACCACCCGCGUUGUAUCUUCAACAUGCAGCUGCAGCAGCAGCUGCGGCGGCAGCGGCAGCAGCACAUGCGCAACAUCAUCAUCACCAUCAUCAUCUGCAACAAAGACCUGCUUCGCCCGACAGCCCCCCACCCGCCGAGGGUCUACACAUUACCAAUCUCUUUCCCGAAGUUUUAGAGAUGAUUUUCGACAAACUGUCCGUCAAGGAUUUGGGACGUGCAGCUCAAGUGUGUGGCACCUGGCGUGAUGUGGCCUAUUCGAAGAGUAUUUGGAAGGGUGUCGAAGCUAAACUACAUUUAAAACGUUCCAGCCCUAGUCUAUUCAACUGUCUAGUUAAGCGUGGCAUUAAAAAGGUGCAGAUCUUGUCGUUGAGAAGGUCACUGAAGGAUCUAGUUGUGGGUGUACCCGCUUUAACCUCCUUAAAUCUCAGUGGUUGCUUUAAUGUAGCCGAUGUCAAUUUGGGUCAUGCUUUCUCAGUGGAUCUACCAAAUCUCAAAGUACUCGAUCUCUCCCUAUGCAAGCAAAUUACCGAUACUAGUCUCGGCCGCAUAGCCCAACAUCUCAAGAACCUAGAGACUCUAGAGUUGGGAGGUUGCUGUAACAUCACCAACACUGGUCUGCUACUGAUAGCGUGGGGUCUCAAGAAACUGAAAAACCUCAAUUUACGUUCCUGCUGGCAUAUAAGUGAUCAGGGCAUUGGUCAUUUGGCUGGCCUCAACAAAGCCACCGCCGAGGGCAAUCUCGAGCUCGAGUAUUUGGGUCUGCAAGAUUGUCAACGUCUGAGCGAUGAAGCUUUGGGUCACAUAGCACAAGGUUUAACGUCACUAAAGUCCAUCAACUUGAGUUUCUGCGUGUCCAUUACCGACAGCGGCUUAAAGCAUUUGGCUCGCAUGCCCAAGUUAGAGCAACUCAAUUUACGUUCCUGCGACAACAUAUCCGACAUUGGCAUGGCCUACCUCACCGAAGGCGGCAGUGGCAUUACCUCGCUCGAUGUCAGUUUCUGUGACAAAAUCAGCGAUCAGGCACUAACCCACAUUGCUCAAGGACUCUAUCGCCUGCGCUCUCUCUCACUUAAUCAGUGCCAAAUCACCGAUCAGGGUAUGCUCAAAAUAGCCAAGGCCUUGCCCGAUCUGGAGCAUCUGAAUAUCGGCCAAUGUUCCCGUAUCACCGACAAGGGUCUGCAAACCUUGGCCGAGGAGUUGGCCAACCUUAAGACGAUCGAUUUAUACGGCUGCACACAGUUGUCUUCCAAGGGCAUUGAUGUCAUCAUGAAGCUACCGAAACUAGUUAAACUUAAUCUCGGCUUAUGGCUCGUAAGAUGAUGUGCUAAAAGGCAUUACCGAAACAACACACCAGAGCAGAGGCAGGAAGACAAACUACUUCAAGCCAUUGUUAAGGAUAAAUUUCGGCCUAGGGGUGACGAUCGUAAACAAGAGAUGAAGAAUGCCAACACAAUACCAACAAACAACUCAUCAGCAGCACCUGCAGUUGCUGCAUCAUCAUCAACAUCAUCAUCCUUAGCGCCAAUGUACCAUAGGGACAACACUAUAGACGAUGCUUACUGGCAAGCAGAACAUCUUCAACACAAGAGUCCAGUGUACUCAACACAAUCCUAGAACUACAGAUGGUGGUCGGUCGGUCGGUCGGUUGGUCAGUCGCUUUCAACUUGUGCUAAACUAUUAUCCUUCGCCCAGCAACACACAAACACACACUCACACAUACAACAACAACAACUCCCUGAAGAAAGAAGGAAGACUUGCAAUGGAUUCAGGAUUUCUUGUGGUAUUUUUUAUAAAAAAAAAAUAAGCUACACAAAUUAUGGACGUAAAUUAUCAUUCUAGCCAAAAAAAAAAAAAAAUUUAUAAAAAUCUUAAAAAAGUUACACACAUACAGUGGUGUAGAACUAACACACUCACAUAUGAAAAAAAAAUAUUUUAAAAACAACAACAGCAAAAUAUUACAAUCCGUAUACGAAACAAUACAAGUUUUUAUUUCGUUGUUCGCUUUUUUUAAAUUUUUUCCAUUUUUUUUUUGAGGGCAUUAGCAUUUUUGUGUUGCUUACGAAACACACACUCUGAUGCAUGCAAACAUACACACUCUCAGACACACACAUACAUACACACACACGUAUAGAGCGCAACUGACUUUCCACAAUCGAGUGAAACAAACCUGACAACUGAAUACAACAACAACAACAACAACUCGUACUUGCAUGCGUGCGUGCAACCUUACCUUAUUAUUACAACUUCUACUAUGUUUUUUGUUUUGUUGUUGUAUUUUUGCCUUUUUGUUGUUGCUGCUUCGAACGGAAAGCAAACAGACCCUGAAACGAAUGAAUAGAAGCACAAACAACAACGACAACAACUGCAUGAGAAAAAAAAAACGAAAGAAAUGUAAUGAAAUAACAACAACAACUACAUCUACUACUUUACAAUGUAAGAAAAGAGAAAAAUGUAAAAAAAAAAUAAAAACAACAGUCAUGGCAACAUGUAAAAUGUCAAUAUAAAAAAUAAA